CAAAAAGUAAUGGCAGUUGGUUUUAAGUGCAGACCUUGACAUAACGAAAAUUCAAACUGAGGGUCGGGCAAACAAAUCGAACCCAAAAAUGAGUGCAAACGUUGCAGAAAUAUGUGAGAACACCAAGAUGGGAAGGGAGUAUGCCCUUCUGGGAAAUUAUGACACUUCACAGGUCUAUUAUCAAGGCGUAAUACAGCAAAUACAAAAGCUGCUAACAUCAAUCAAAGAUCCUACAAGAAAGCAGAAGUGGCAACAGGUGCGUCAGGAGAUUGUAACAGAAUAUGAACAUGUGAGGGAUAUAAGUAGCACUCUUGCCAGUUUCAAAGCAGAUAAUGCACGCAGUGAAUACAGGUCUCCUCUUGGAGGUUUUCAUGAAAAUGAGGAGCCAACUAGAGACCCUGAUGUGUGGCCACCACCAACACCUGUAGAGCAUAGACCUUCCCCUAAUAUACGUGGAAAUAGGCCAGCACCUAGAAGAGAAGCUCCAAAGGCAGCUCCAUCUCGAGGUGUCAGCAACAGGCCUGCUCCAGGCCCUGCCCCAAGAAGGGGCCCACCAGCUGGGGGUGACAGGGCCUCUGCUGAUCGUCGUGGCAGAGGUGGAGAGAGAGGAAAAGACAAGAAAAAGGAAAGAUCCAAAGUUGAAAAGAGAGUUAGUAAUAAUAGAGGGGCAGCUGAUAGUCCAAUUGAUGACCAAUCCAGGACUGAGGAAGGAGAAGAGGAAGAGGAGAAAAAGUUUGAUGCUGCAGGUAUUGACAAAGACCUGGUGGAAGGGUUGGAGAGAGAUGUGGUGCAGAGAAGUCCUAAUGUGCACUGGGAUGACAUAGCUGGAUUAACAGAGGCUAAGGCACUUUUAGAAGAAGCUGUGAUACUGCCUUUGUACAUGCCAGACUAUUUUAAAGGCAUAAGAAGGCCAUGGAAGGGCGUCCUCAUGGUUGGUCCUCCUGGCACAGGCAAGACCUUGCUGGCCAAGGCUGUUGCUACUGAGUGUGGCACAACUUUCUUCAAUGUGUCCACCUCAACUCUAGGUUCCAAAUACCGCGGAGAGUCUGAGAAACUUGUUCGCCUACUGUUUGAAAUGGCUCGUUUCUAUGCACCAAGCACGGUCUUCAUUGAUGAAAUUGAUUCACUUUGCUCAAAACGUGGCAGUGAUUCUGAACAUGAAGCCAGUAGGCGUGUCAAGUCAGAGUUGCUAGUCCAAAUGGAUGGUGUGACUGGAGCACUUGGCUCAGAGGAAGCAGGCAAAAGUGUUAUUGUCCUUGGAGCCACCAACUUUCCUUGGGAUAUUGAUGAAGCCUUGAGGAGAAGAUUGGAGAAAAGAAUUUACAUUCCUCUUCCAGAGACUGAAGGUAGGAGACAGCUGUUGAACAUCAAUCUCAAAGAAAUGGAUCUGGCUCCUGAUGUUGACUUAGAUGUCAUUACAGAGAAGUUAGAAGGCUACUCAGGAGCUGAUAUAACAAAUGUUUGCAGGGAUGCAUCAUUUAUGUCCAUGAGGCGCUUGAGAAAUCGCGGUCUGACACCAGAGCAGAUCAGGAACUUGCCUAAGGAUCAACUCAACCAGCCUUGCACCAUGGCUGACUUUGAAGAGGCCUUAAGAAAAGUCUCCAAGUCUGUUUCUAAAGAUGAUCUUAAAAAGUACGAGGAUUGGAUGAACGAGUUUGGUUCUACCUAAGGAUAAGACUCUACUGCCCAAUUCAUUAUUAUACUUAAUGGUAUUCUUUUUGUGUCAAAAAGAAGAAACCAAUAUAUCAUGGUUUGCAUUAAAAAAGGACUUAUUAAUAAGUGGUAUGUAAAUUUCUGUGGAAAAAGUUCACUUAUAUAUUGUAGUACUUCCGUGGGUGUAAAGAUAGAUUUUAAUAAAUCAGUAUUAUCUUUAUUUAACAUGUAUAUGCAAUGAGAUCAUGUACAGUGUUUAUUAUUUAUAGAAGGGAUUGCAUAAAUAUAUUGGAUGCACCCUUGUACUGUUCGAUUUGGAUUAUAAUCAAGGAAGAGAAUUGUUAUAUUGUUAGAUUUUAAGCCUCUGUUGUGUAUACAUCAGCAUGUAUUUGUGUUGAACGAGUGUGAAAAUAAUGGUUGUGAAAAGUAACCUCUAUUGGACAUGUCUGAUGAAAAUUGAAUUCUCAGUUUGUAAUCUGGAGAUAAGUUGCAUCCAGUGAAGAAACCAACAAAUUAUUUCCACAAAUUUCAGAAUUUAAUUUAAUUGGUACUGUACCUUGUUAUUAAAAGAAACUCCCUUUGUUACCAGUAGUGUCUUUAAUAAGAUAGCACUGUUUGCUGUGUAUUUGAAAGUGUAUUACCUUUUAAAACUUGAUUAAAUACUGCAGAGCUGUUAUUGAAAAUGCGA